UCACCGUUGACAGCAGCGCUGCACGGCAGAUACAAGUGCUGGGAUUAUGCUAAUUUAAAUUAUCUCUUUUGAUAGGUGCCUUUAUAACAUUGCUGCUUCCCGUGAUCAAAUAUAACAUUUUUUAUUUUUUUAUUUAUUUAUGUAUUUUUGAUUCGCCGGGUCACAAGGGAAAUUUUGGACUGAACAAGCUGAUCGUGAGGUGGAAUAUUUACUCCUCUCUCGUGUUUUAUAAGAUAAUACCGGACGCAUUCGCUGAGGGAAGGUAUUUUCCGAUGGAUGAACAAAGGACAUUAUUAUUUUUAUACCAAUUCUCCAUUUAUACAUUUUAAUUUAUUACCAGUUUCUUCAAACAAAAAAAUGUUUUUCUAAAAAAAAAAAAAAAAAAAAAAACGUAUUUUUUGUGAAGUGGCAGUUCCGUUCUGAUAUUUCAAUAUCGAGAUAUCGGAGCCUGUGUCAUCUACCAAGCUAAUACCUCAAUUGUAAAAUGCUGUGAUGCUAAAGAGAGACUGUUCUUCAAUAACAGUUUUUUUUUUUCACGACACACAGAAUGAGAAACAAUAGCUCUCGUUCUCUCUCUUCCGCGGAUGCCUGUCUCUCAGCUUUAGCGGUGGAAACAUCGUGAGAAGGCUUCAGACUGGAACUGACGGACGCUUUCGAGAACUUGAGAAGCUGCAGCAGCGACGGCAACAGUCUCGAGACCCUGUAAACAAACACAUAAUAAUGGCUUUUGAAGUCGAUUGGAGCGUGGAGUCCGCACACCAGGCAGGCUAGUAGGUUUUUGAGAGACAUUAAGUAUCUUGUUUUAACCCCCCAUCCUGAAAUGAGGCAAAAUGUUGAUGUGUGACAGAGGAGUCCAGAUGCUCAUUACCACAGUGGGCGCUUUCGCCGCUUUCAGCCUGAUGACUAUCGCCGUGGGAACGGACUACUGGCUGUACUCACGAGGAGUGUGCCGGGUCAAAAGUAAUAACGAGAACGAGACGAGCAGGAAGAAUGAGGAAGUCAUGACACAUUCAGGGCUGUGGAGAACCUGCUGCCUAGAGGGAACAUUUCGAGGUGUCUGUAAGAAGAUUGACCACUUUCCGGAGGAUGCAGAUUAUGAACAGGAUGCAGCGGAAUAUUUACUACGAGCAGUGAGAGCAUCCAGUAUCUUCCCCAUCAUGAGUGUUGGACUUCUAUUCAUGGGAGGUCUGUGCGUGGCAGCCAGUGAGUUUUACAGGAGCAGACACAAUGUCAUCCUAAGUGCGGGAAUCUUCUUUGUUUCUGCUGGUCUGAGUAACAUAAUUGGAAUUAUUGUGUACAUAUCUGCCAAUUCGGGUGAUCCUGGCCAGAGCGACUCGAAGAAAAGCUACUCAUACGGCUGGUCGUUCUAUUUCGGAGCUCUGUCCUUCAUAAUGGCUGAGAUGGUGGGUGUACUCGCUGUGCAUAUGUUCAUCGAGAAGCACCGAAAACUUCGUGCAAAGUCCCGUACCGAGCUCAUCAAGAAGUCAGCCUUCAGCCGCAUUCCCAGCUACCGUUACAGAUUUCGCAGACGCUCCAGUUGCCGCUCCAGUGAGCCAGCCUCUCGCGAAGCUUCACCCAUGGGCAAGAGCGGCUACAUGGGCCCUGCUGCGGCAGAUAUCUCCAUGUACACCCUUUCUAGGGAUCCUUCCAAGGCUGCAAUGGGUGCCUUGCUCAACUCUGAGAGGGAGUUUUUACAGGCUCACAACUCCAACACGAAGGACUUCAAAGAUGCGGCGAACAGGAGGACCACUCCAGUCUGAGAGAGGUGCAGAUUUAGGGUCUUCAUGGGGUAACUAUGUAUAAGCACAGAGGAAGUGCCAUGACCAAGACGUUAAAACCACAGACUUGAGCUGGACCCCAGCAGGAAGAAUUCACUCGAGGCCUGCAGGGCAAUAACCCUCUUUCUAUAACAGUAUAUAUAAAUAUAGAUGGUAAUUGUUUGAUCAUUGGUGCUUCCUUUUAAUCCUCAUUUUUCAGUCACUGUUUCUGUCUUUUCACCUUCUAAUCAAACACAUCCCUCCCCCUAAGGGCUACUGGAGUAGAAUGCUAGUCCUUUCCUCUAUAUCCUUUGUUAUUAAAGUACUGCAUUUGGAAUUCCUGAAAUGCGCAAGGUAGCCCAAUGAAACUGUGAAGCCCUAUGAGGGGGAGGAUUGUAAAGCUUCUGACAGAUGAUCCGAAAGGCUGUCCCACUAUUCGCCUCAUGCACAGCUCAGUAGCCAAUAGCUGGUGAGUGCCUCUUCACACUCACAAGAUUGUAGACAUUGUUGGUUUCUCUCCUGGGUUGGGCACUUAGCCCACACUUAGUGCCACUGUUUCCAGCUUAACAAGCCAUGCUUGACCAUGGGGUGAUCAGCCCCACUGCCUCUGCCCACCACUGUUCUUUAUGCCCAUGCCCAGCAAGCUAUUUCACUUGGGCUCUGCAUGCCAUCCACACAGUUCUUUCUUUUGUUUUGGUUUUUUUUUUUUUUUGGUUUUUUAAAGGGAUCGGUCACCCGAAAACAACAUAAUUUAAUGACCUUCAUCGUUGUUCCAAACCUGUAUGACUUUUUUUUCUUAUGUGGAACUCAAAAGUAGAUAGGUAAAAUGUUAACCUUAGGCACCAAUCACUUUCCUUGUAUGGAAAAAUUAUUCAAUAAAAGUGAAUGGUGACUGAUGUUAACAUUCUGCCUAACAUCUCCUUUUGUGUUCCAUGCAGAAGUCAUACAGGUUUGCAAUGACAUGAGGGUGAGUAAAUGAUGAUAGAAUUUUCAUUUUUGGGUGGACUAUCCCUUUAAGUUUAGUCACAUUAUUCCCAUUGCAAAAAACAUCUCAAAUCCCCUGCAUAAACUUUUAUAACAGGGUUGAAAUGCUUGUUAUUAAAUAUGAUCUUUUAGCCCACCAAAGUUUUUGGUAUUACAUUUUUUUCAUUGAUAUUUAAAAAGAUUUGACAUUUCUUGGAAUUUACAAUGAAAUAUCAGUGACAUAAGAUUUAUUUAAAGCCCUAAUUUAAAACUAUUAUUCAGAUGCUUAUUAAUAUGGAUAUUCUUGUCAUUAUUACAAUAGAGUUUUCAGUUAUUAGCAACAGAAUAGCAGGUGGCUGCCAAAUGCAGAUUUCUUAAUUGUGUAUAGUUAAACUAUUUUUAGAAGUAGGGAGAAAAUAUUGAGUGUUCAAACAAUCAUUAAAAGCUGGGCAUCAAGAGUUUAUAAAAAGUCAGAUUGAACACAAUGAAAACAAAAGGAACUGCUCUGAGUACUUAUGUUCUUUGUUAAAGAGUCAGAACAGUGGUAGGACCAUUUGCAUACUGAGAAUAGCCAAAACUUUAAUGAAAGGAUGGGAUUUUAAGGUUCCCAGUUCCAACACAAUGACAACACAACAACAAAUGAACAUGCAAAACCUGAAGAGGAAUCUUUGGUAGAAAAUACGUAAUGUUCAUUCUAAAUGAAUGCUUCAUCAGCACUUACACAGAAAGUAAAUACACAAUAUCAAUAUAUACAGUAAUUUAGUUGCUUAGUCGGUAUCAACAAUAUCAUAUUGAUUAAUAUAAACUCCAAGGACUUUUGGUUUUUAAAUAACAUAAGCAUACAAGGGCUUUAAAGAAGUUAAGCCAACAGAGAAUACAACAGAAAUGCCCUUAAAAUAAUUAAAUUGCAAAACAUUUGUAUACCUGGCCAUAUUCAUGUAUGCACAGCACAAGUCAUACAAACACAUGUUAUAAAUAUAAUAUACAGUAUGUUCUCCUUUCCAUCUGUCUCAGUUGCUAAUCCCUAUGUCAGUUAUAGGUAGAAAUGGAAGUAGAUCUUAAAACCAUGAAAAUUCAUGGACAUCUAUUAAUAAUGUAGUUUUUAAGAAAUUCACUUCAUUUCAAAACCCCCAAGAACUGACAUGCAUGUACAUUAGCCUCCAAAUUCAUGCAAGCCAGUCUCUCAUCUUGUUUUAUUUCAUUCAGCAUACUGAAGUCAUGCUAUCGAUCAGUCGCCUCACUGGGAAUAUUACUGUAAAUGUUGCCUUUUGUUUGGAUCCACUUUGUUGUGAAAUUGUGCUGUUCUGGGUCUAAAACUAAAUGUUUCAUACCGGAGUGUGUAUUCGGCACAGUUCUACCCUUCAAGUGUCUCUCAGAGCACCCAGUGCCUGUCUCUUCUGCCUGCUCCGAGCACCCGUUGUUGGGUCUCCCUCUUUUGCUCGCUUGCUCCUUCAUCUCCAUCACAGCCUUGCAUCAUCUACUCUUUACCAGGACUGUUAUUGCUGAGCCAAUCACAUCCGUAGAGUCUUAGGCCCUGUCACUCACCACUUAGGCCUGCAACAUUGUGUACGUGACCUCUCAAUGAAAACAGCAGUUUCAGCUUGAUACAUGCUGUAGAAAAAAGCACACCUUCUAAAUACAGUAGUUUACAUCAAUAAAGAUAUUAGUCAGAGAGAUAUUUAAAAAAUUUAGAAAAAUAAAGUCAGUUUUAAGAAUGCCAAACAA